UUGUGAAAUGCGUCAGCGGAAGUGUGCACGCAGGCUGGGCGUAUGUUUUGGCGCCUUUGAGCACCGGAACCGUUCUAUCGAGAUCAAGAGGACUUCUUCUUUUUCUUGUCAGUUACUAGUCAGUUUGUUCUUAGCUUGUUCUUAGCAGGCAGUCUAAGAUGUCUCACACGGUCAGCCCGACCAGCACCGGCAGGACUUCCGCGUCCGACAGCGUCUUCAACCUGGGAUACAUCCGAACCAUCCCGGGACUGCUCAAGAUGGCCCAGAUGGUGGCGCUGCUGGUCACCUUCCUGUGCGUGCACUGUGCGCGGGGCUGGCCUAACUGGGCGGCGUUCCAGUACUUUGAGGUGGUGGCCGUUUGGUUCCUGGUGGUGCUCCUGGUUUUCUUCCUCAUGCACUUGUGCCGCCUGCAGGCCAAGAUGGGCUGCAUCAAUUGGCUGCUCACUGAAUUCUUCCACUACUGUGUGGGUACGGUGCUGAUCUGCAUUGCCUCCAUUGUGGCAGCGGUGAAGAGUGGAGGAGUGUCUGCCUUGGUGGCGGCUUCUGUGUUUGGGUUCAUCACUACCUUCCUGAUGGCAGUCAGCUUGUGGACGUCUUACAGUGUCUCCUGUGGACCUCACCACACUGGUGCGGCCGUGUAAUGGCCGGAAACAAGAUUAGCUGCCUCUGGAGCCGGCUCACUUUUCUGCCUCGCGACAAGUCGACAAGUCAACAUGAUUUGGUGAGAGUUGGGCACUAAGGAGAGGAUCCACGAGCAGUCUUGUUUUUUUUAAAAAAAAAAGAAGACAAAAGAUGUCGGAAUGUUGGCGGUGCUCCAAAUAGUCACAUUCUCGUCAUUGUUUCACAACAACAGGUGCAAACAAUACAUAGUCAACUUCCUGACUAUUUUUCCCAUCAUUCCUGCUGCUUGAUGAAAGAGUCGCUUUAAUUUUUGCUUUUUAAUUAGAGACCAUGAGAGAGAGCAGCGCCCUCUGUUGCCUGUUGUGUGCCAUAACAACCUGCCUGUGCUGUUUAUUUUUUAACUGUUAACAAUAUUUAACUAGCAUUGAACAUGCUCACCUCGUAAACAGACACGAUGCUAAAACACCUUUAUCAUUUGCCAUGCACCACGCGAGGCUAAAGAAGUGCUAGCAUUUAGCAUGCUAACCUCGCAGACACAAGACUGAGCCACCUUCAGCAUCACGUGCCACACGAGGCUAAAGAAAUGUUAGGAACCUCACAAAUGAACAUGAUGCUGACCAACUACUAUCCUCCACAUAAUUCACACACUCCGCUAGGGUAAAGUGAUGUAAUGCUAAAGCACUUUUGGCAUCAUCAGAUGUACUCGGCUGAAGAUGUGUUAGCAUUUAGCAUGCUAACAUUGCAAACAGAUGUUAUGCUGAACCACUUUAAGCAUCAUCUGCGCUGUGCCUAGGCUGAAGAAGUGUUAGCAUAUACCAUGCUAAUCUCGCUAAUGGGCGCGUACAGUAUCGGGCCGAUACAGGCUUUAUUUCAAUACUGGACACUGAUACUAGCAACUGAUACUUAAGGCAAAAAAUCUUAAUUAAGUCCUCCUCACCAGUGUUUGGCGCUGCACUGCAGAGGUUUGACACAUCGGAGAAAGAAGAAAUUAAGAAAGGUAUUUGUUCAUAAUUAUCUGCCUUUGUUUUAAUUGAAAUUGUAUGUAUAACAAAACUACUAGUGGUAUCGGUACUUGGUGUCAGUAUCGGUGACUACGCAAUAGUGAAAACUCAUACUGGUAUUGGUCUGGGAAAAAAAAAAAAAAGUAGUGUCAAGCAUUUCUACUAAUGUCGCAUGCCACCACAAUUCUGAACCACCCACAUCAUCACCAGCCAUGCUAGGCUAAAUAAGCGUUAGUAUGUAGCCUGCUAGCCUCGUAGACACAAGGGUCAGCCACCUUCAGCAUCAUGUUCCACGCUAGGCUAAAGAAGUGUUAGCACUUGGGACGCCACCAAAUGCUAGGCUAGUGUGUAAUGUGUCAGUGUGCCAAUUAUUACCUCCCUAUGGGUUACAUGCACAUACAAGCUGUUGUCAGGCAACAGGCAGCUCGGCGUGCACGGUGCUAGUCUUUCAACGUACCACCAAAAUCAAGUUUACACGACGAUGAUGAUUAUUAUUACAAUUAUAACAUUUUUAUGCUUAGCAAAUAAAAUGUGAAAGCACACAUCGAGGUCAACAGACUGUUAAACAGCACCUUUGACAUUUAUGUUAAAUCGCAGUCGUGUUUGCAUGCCUGCUAGCAUCAAGUGACCUGCAUGUGUAGCUCUGUGACCAAUCACAUGUCACUGACUUUUAUGUCCAAUGGUUUGUCAGGAUCCGAGCAUCAGGAGGUUUGAAUGCCCUCUUGGAAUCACUGUUUAUUAUUAUGUAUCCUGGUGAAAUUUUUGUUUUUUAGGGGCCCCCAACAUGACCCCAAAACUCCUUCUGUAGCGCCCCCUGGAGUGUUAGUAAAAAAAAAAAAAAAAAAAAAGUUUGAGCGACGUGGGCUUACGUGGAUAUAUCUCAUAACAGGAGGCUCAAACAAGUUUAAAGGACCCGUGCCUGAAAAAGAGGAAGGCAGCUAUUUUGGGUGAAUUCCCUAAUUAGUGAACCCUGGAUAUUAAAAAAAUAAAUAAAAUCACCUACAGAAAGUCAGGGCAGCCUCCCCAGAGGCACAUCCAGGAAAGGUGAGCGUCAGAGCAGCCUCGCCGACGGCAGGUCCCCCGCUGCGACAGCUGGUUUUCAACAUUUUGAAUUUUUUUUCUCCUCCUCGCUCUUCUGUCAUUUUCGCCAUAGCGUAAACCCAAUCACGGCCAAGAACGAGGUGCUUGAAGCGGCUUCGCCAGCAGUCAAGGCCCAGUCAAAGCGCAGGUUCCUAUCUCUUCCUCGAGCUCCCUGCCUUCCCCUCUGCUGAAUCGAACAAAACACACCCGACAUUGAGACGUUUUAAGUGGCCUCACCAGCAGCUCAGCCACAGUCAAAGAGCUAUUUUUUUUUUUUGUAAGAGAAAUCAAUAAGCGGAAUUGUCAGGCAAGCUAACAAAUGAUUCCUAGGAAUCUUAAUUACUGGCUUUUUGAUUCCCAUCCCUAAUCAUAACAGGACGCAGAAAAAAAGUCAAGCAUCUGUGCCCAAAAUUAAAUAGGAAGUCAGCCAUUUGUUUUAAAGCAGUCACUUUGGGUUCAUACUUACAGACAAAUAGUAGGGAAUUCACCCAAAGGAGCCCUAAUCAGAAGCUGGUGUCCUAGACAGGUGGGUGGCGCUAAAUUGGAAAUCUUUUCUUUUUUUUUGCCUACCCCAUCUUAUGUGGGUGUAGCAUCGUGUCAAAGUUUGAUAAUUUUUUAGGAUAAGGGCCCAUUCAUUUUUUGUUUUUGUUUUUAUUUCUUUAAAGAGGCAAAUGGAUGUCCAAUGAAAUAUCAAUUGAAAUGUGACUGUCCUUACAAGUUCAUGUUCAAGUAGCAACAUUGGCGACAGCAUGUUCAGUGUAAUUACACAUGCUAGCUGUUAGCAAGUACUAUACAAAUCAUUUCUAUUCUGCCGAUUUUACACUUUUUGAAGAAAAAUAUUAAACUUGUUUUUGCGAGUAACAUUUUUUAUUUCGACCGAAUGUUCGCACCCCUCCCCAAAGUGACGUUAAUUGCAUCCGUGAUUGUAUUAGAUCGUAACACAUAUUUCUAUUCUGUCAUCCAGUGAAUGUUUGAAUCCUGCUGCAACUUCAUUUUUAUGCUAAUUAUUAUGAUUACUUUGUUUUUGUGCACACGUGGUCUUAAAAACCCCAACAGAAUUGCUCUUUCCAUGGCUUCAUCUUUUCCCAAAGUGCCUUAAGUGCCACUCAAUGGAGUAGUUUACCUGGUAGCGGCUAGCCAGCGAGCUAGCCUCAUGCUAAGAGAUGCGAUUGUAAUGAUGGAGUACAGUAUUUACAAGCGCUUUCGUGUUUUAUUUCGAGUUUGAAAUUGUGACGUGCUGCAUGUUGUCGAUUAAACCAUUGUUGCACCAA